AUGUCCGGCGAUAGCGUGGUGGUUCGGAAGGCGGCGGCGGCGUGGUCGACGGAAGAGACUCAACCAGGAUGGACGAGAGACAGGCGGUUGGGCUGGGAAGAGAUGGGUGAGAGGGAGGACUGGAAAGGAUUUUCAUUACUACCACUUGAAACUUUUAAGGAUCCUUCAAAUGGAUACCUUGUCGAUGACUCUUGCAUGUUUGGAGCAGAGGUUUUUGUCAUAAAGAACACCGGCAAGUGGGAAUCUCUUUCCUUCGUUAAGGCACCCAACAUUAAAAACUCUACUUUUACGUGGGAGGUUGAGAAUUUCUCGGAGUUAGACGAGGAUUUUUAUCUAUCUGAAAUGUUUUCUGUUGGAAGAACAUUGUGGAAGUUAAAGAUUUAUCCUAAUGGAUUACACCCUUUUAAGGGUAAAGCCCUCUCGUUAUAUUUAGCUCCAACUCUAUGUCUCUGUGGAAGCAACAACGCGACUAAAGCAGCGACAUAUGCAGAGUUCGAGCUACGACUGCUUGACACAGUCAACGGUAAAAACACAGAGCGUUCAGUCAGCCGUUGUUUCAAUCCAUCUGAUAUGUACAACAAGGCCUACGGUUUUGGAAAUUUUCUCUCACUGGAAAAUCUCCAUAAUCCCUCGAGUGGGUUCUUGGUGGACGAUAAGACUUUUUGUUGA